UAACUUGCAGAACUGAGAAAAACAAAAGCAAGUGUGGGGACACCCAGAAAGUCCAAAACUACUGCACCAAAUACCCUUUUGCACUCGCCGCUCGCAGAGUCACAGUUGCAAGAUCCUCCCCACCUCCAUCACCAACCCCAAACACUCUCUCCGGGAACCGAGACAGAAAACCCCAACCCAGAACGCAUUUUCUUCUUUUUUGUAGUUUCCAGGAUCUGUGUAGUGGGGUUUCCCCACUCUGUAUUUCCCAAUGCAUGAAUCUUUCUGGCGUUCCCAACCUAACAUGUUCUGUUUCUUUAAACUUCUCCUCCUCCUCCUUAUCUUCUUGAUCUCUUUCUUGGGUGCCCAUUGCUCCAGCCGUGGCGGCCGCAUUUUCAGCUUCAAGAUGCAUCACCGCUUCUCUGAUCCGGUUAAGAAGUUUUCUGAGACCGCCGGAUCAAGGCUCUCUCCGGCCCCCGCGAAGGGCAGUAUCGAGUACUACGCUGAUCUCGCCGACCGUGAUCGCAUACUCCGCGGCCGCAAGCUCUCUGAACUCCACGAGCCGCUUGCUUUCUCCGACGGCAACUCCACCCUCCGUAUCAGCUCCCUGGGAUUUUUGCAUUACACGACGGUGCAGUUAGGGACGCCCGGAGUGAAGUUUAUGGUAGCGCUGGACACUGGGAGUGACCUGUUUUGGGUUCCCUGUGAUUGCAGCAGAUGUGCCCCUACAGAGGGCACAGUUUAUGCUUCUGAUUUUGAGCUUAAUAUAUACAAUCCUAAAGGGUCGUCAACGAGCAGAAAUGUUACUUGCAACAACAGUCUGUGUGCACGCCGUAGUCGAUGCAUUGGAACAUUCGACAAUUGCCCUUACAUGGUCUCUUAUGUCUCAGCUGAAACGUCUACAUCUGGGAUAUUGGUAGAGGAUGUUCUGCACUUAACAACAGAAGAUAGUUAUCAGGAACUUGUUGAGGCAAACAUCACAUUUGGCUGUGGGCAGGUUCAAAGUGGUUCAUUUUUGGAUGUUGCAGCUCCCAAUGGUUUGUUUGGGCUUGGCAUGGAGAAGAUAUCAGUUCCUAGCAUUUUAUCUAGCGAAGGUUUUACAGCAAAUUCUUUCUCCAUGUGCUUCGGACAUGAUGGAAUUGGAAGGAUCAGUUUUGGAGACAAGGGUAGUCCUGAUCAAGAAGAGACCCCUUUUAAUCUGAACCCAUCACACCCAAACUAUAAUAUUAGUGUUACUCAAAUUCGAGUUGGCACAACUCUAAUUGAUGUGGAUUUCACUGCUCUUUUUGAUUCUGGUACCUCUUUUACAUACUUGGUUGAGCCAACCUAUGCCAGGCUUGCAGAGAGUUUCCAUUCACAGGCACACGAUAAGCGGCAUCGACCAGAUUCAAGGAUCCCUUUUGAAUAUUGUUAUGAUAUGAGUCCUAGUGCCAAUGCUAGUUUGAUACCUAGCAUGAGUUUAACUAUGAAAGGUGGAAGUCAAUUUGCCAUCCAUGAGCCCAUAAUAGUCAUCUCCAGUCAGACUGAACUUGUUUAUUGCCUUGCUGUUGUCAAGAGCAGAGAACUGAAUAUAAUUGGACAAAACUUAAUGACUGGUUACCGUGUUGUAUUUGACCGAGAAAAAUUUGUCUUGGGCUGGAAGAAGUUUGAUUGUUAUGACAAAGAAGAUCACAAUAUAUCUCCAACAAAGCCUCAUGGUACCACGGUGCCUCCUGCUGUUGCCGUUGGACUAGGUAACACCUCUACUCCAGAGUCUACAAAAGAGACCGGGAAUAGUUCCCAUGGUUCGGCUGCAUGGCCAUUGUUCUGUAGUCAUACUUCUCUGAUUUACUUCAGAUUUCUCAUUAUAUUGUUUCUGCUGUUGUAGCUUUUCUAUGAUCAUUUUUUUUAUACCAAUUUUAGUUUCUCGACCAUAGUAAGAUUCAGGUCAUAUCCUUGUAUCAUAUGUUGAUAUAAUUCGCCCCUUUAAGAUUUCCCUUUUACUCCA